AUGGCUUGGCUGGCAGGGUGCGCCAAUGUUUUGAAGGCGGCGCUUCUGCUGGCACUUUUGUCGCCCAGAUGCUUCUGUUGCGUUGCGCCUUGUGUUGAGAUCGCGCUUGGAGCUCUUGGUGUCGGGGGAAGAAACUUGGCAGUGCCCGCAGCUGCUUUCAUUGACUACCAAAAGAACUGGAAUGCUUCGUUGGCUGCUCGGCUAGGUCCCCCCAUCGUCACCAUCCCUGGUGGAGGCCAAACCCUCCGUGACACGCAGCAAGACUUUGUUGCAGAAGAGGCCCGUACUUCAGUAAGGCUCCUCAAACAGAUCGGCUCUCGCUUUGUCGUACUGCUUGUGGGCUGGCACUUGGCUGCACCCCUCCUUGACAUCCUCGAUGAGGAGGAGAUCUUGAGCCCAGCUUGGCAAGUGCUGGGGUCAGAGACCAUGGCAGCUUUCAUUGCUGCCAAAAGGACAGUCGGUUUCAUGUACUUUCUGCCCUCUGGCAAAGGUGCCAAGUUUCCAGACUUACAGCGGCUUUGGUCACUGCUCGGAACACAAGACAUCUACGGCACAGACCAGAUGCGGGCGCCCGUGGGCCUGUUGGGGAACGAGCUCUUCACUGAAGGUACCUUUGCUUCGGAGAUUGGUAUGAUGAACUGCACUCCUUGCCCCAAAGGUAGCUUCGCCUUGGAUGCCGGCUCUGUGCAACGCACUCCCUGUCCACCUGGCACUGAGGGGCCGCAGGAAGGAAUGGAAAUUUGCAGCAGGUGUGUGUCAGGUUUCUACAUGCCUUUAGGUUUGAACACCGUGACAGCAGCCUCAGUGAGCGGCCAGCUCCUCAUGUCAAUUCAGGCUUUGGGGUCCAUCCGAGAACUAUCGAUCCAAUGGCAUGAACCGGUAAAGACCCUGAUCAACCUGACGAAGAUCCUCAUGUUCGACUUCCACUUCGUGCGAACUUCUUGUUUCUUUGGAACAGACAGUCCCGUACUCUUCUUUGUCAACCGCUUGCUCAUGUGUCCGGUUGCUUGCGCUCUUCUGGUGUGCAGUUGGAUCGUAAGCAAGGUGCGCGGGCGGCCGAAGCCAUUCAACACCGUCAUGAACCAGUGUGGGUUGUUGAUCUUUGCUUUCUUCCUGUCGAUCACCCGCACGACACUGAUUCCUUUUCAGUGUGUGUCCAAUCCAAAUGGAAGCAGCUCAAUGUUGGCGCACCCGGGCAUCAUUUGCUAUGAGUCAGCAGAUCACGCCAUUUUUGCUGGACUUGCACUGGUAGGAGUUGUGACUCAGCCUGUGGCAGCGCUGGUGUUGGCGAGCUAUCUCAUCUACACGUAUCCAUCGCACAUUGCCAGUGGCCAGGGUCUUCGCUUUUCCGUUGGUGACCGGGAAGUGGUGGUCGUGGACCUGCUGAGUCUUUGCGGCCUAUUUCCUUCUCGGCGUCCGAGUGAGAGAGCUUCGAUUAAGGUCUCACGGCCUCGCAUUCUCAUUCUCAGCUCCUUGAUGGAGGCAGAGUUUCUGUCCGCCUGCGAGGUCUUCCAGUCAUUACUCCAGGUGCAGCUGAGUGUCGAGUGUGAAGUGAUCCAGGGGAUUCAGCAAAUGGCAACUUGUCGGCCAUUUGCCUACUACCUGGUGGUGUUGCUUUUCCGCGGCAUCUUCCGGGAUAAAGACUUUGCCAAGCUCCUGCUUCAUGCUGCAUAUUGCGCUCCUUCCCAGCGGACCUUGGAAAUGGUGCCGGUCAUUGCCGACAGCAAUUUUGACUUUCCGAGCAUUGACACCUUGAUGAAGAGAAGCCCCAUCACUGAUUCCGUGGCCGCCGCCGCGAAUGAUGAGAAGGACGAUCGCUUGGUACAUGACAGUGCUGAGCUCGUGCCCCACUGGAGCCACUCCCUGGGAGUGCGCCACUUUGUGGGAGAGGCUGGACGAUGA